UGUUUUGGUUUAUUUCCUAUAUAUUCAAAAUAACAUUCUGUUUUAUAAGAUUCGGCAAAAGUUCCCACUUAAACAACAAAAAAUAAGAAACCAAAAACACAUUUAAUUACAAAUUUUUGCACAGUUUUUCGAUAAAAUGUUAAUAUUAAUUUGUCAGGGUUAGUGCAAGAAUUUUAAUAUUUUGCAUUUAACCUUUACAACAAACCUUUGGCCCCUUGUCAAAAGAACUAAAGAAAACUUUGUGUGUGUGUUUUGUAAAACCGUAUAAAUAUAUCUUUAUCCAAAUAUCAUUUUCGCUAAUUUUCACACACAAAACUGCCCGCAAACGGCUUAGAGUGUAUAAAUUCUGUGCUCCUGCCCGAUGAGCUGCUUACUUUACUUGGCCGACUGUUAGGAUAUCAGCAAGACCAGAGAGCGGCUGCAGAGCGCAAUCUCUGUACUGAAUUUCUAGCGGAUUCCGAGAGUUUACAGAUCGUUAAUGUCCUUCCUGUUAGAGAUUGUGCAUGUGUAAAUGACGCUAAUAACAAUCGACAAUUAUCCCUGGAACAAUCAGGGAGGUCAUUGCAACACCGAGCAAGCAAUCAUUGUAUCACACGGGACAGGGCACAGAAUGCACCAUCAUCUUCAUUAUUCAUACAACAAACGCCCUAUAGCUUACACCAGUAUCCAAACAAUAACAGCCAACAGAUGCCUAUGCAAGAAACGCUGCAAAUGAUACAUUCCCAAUCAAUUCACACUCAAUCACCAAUAUGCGACAACAUGCAAAAGCUAACCAUGCAACAACAGCAGCAGCAACAGCAGAACCCCCUCUUACAAAAGGCUAAAGCAUUUAAUCAAUCAUUUUUCACUCAGCCAUCACAAGAUCGUCAUGUUACACGUUCACGGAGUGCUCCACCUGCAUCCACAACACGCGAGUGUCAACGUGGCAUGUCCAAUUUCUGCUCACCAGAGGGAUCCGGGAAUUUCGUAGGUCUUCAAUGUUCGAGCGUCAAUCAAUCGGUCAUAGAAGCAGAACAAGCAAGAGCAACACCUUUAAACGAAGUAGUGUCACAACAACUGCAAAAACAACAAAGGCAAUCCAAAAUGCCCGUUAAUCAAACGUCUUGCUUGGCCAAUGCACCUGGUGGGAAUCCAUACCAGAUGAGCCAAAGCCAUGAUCAGCAAAGCAGUUUAAACAAUACAACUUGCUGCAGUGCAAACAACGAAAGCACUAAUUUGGGUAUCAACUAUGGCAGCUGGCAGCAGCAGCAGCAACAACUGCAACUGCAACAACAAUAUUACCAACAGCAGCCGCAACAUCUUUGUUGUCAGCAACAACCGAAACAACUGCAACAAUAUCAGCAACAACAACCGCAAUAUUAUCAUUUUCAGCAGCAACAACAUCAUCAUAUUCCAUAUCAGCAGCAGCAGCAGCAGCAGGAACAUUGUUUAAACAAUAAUGAGAGUUUUAAUCGAUUUGAACCGCAUCUCAAUAGCACAAUGAUAGGUCAAGAGUCGCCAUGGCUACCAGAUACAAAUUGCAUUCAACGUCCGCUUGCGAACAGAAGUUGCAUGCCACAAGCACAACCAUAUCGACCACCAUCGCUGGGAGAAGCAACACCAACACCAACACCAGGACCAACAGCAACAAACACUCAACGAUGCAAUGCAACAUACAAGCCGCUGCCUCCAUCGACCAGGAUGAUGCAACCGCCAACACCAUCGAACAGUUGUGGUCAAAGGAUGAUGGGUACGCCAAAGAUGACUCAACAACGCUUGCGGUCUGAUAAUAGGUCGUUCGAUGAGACGAGCUACAUGCAGUUACCGAUGCCAUCGAAACAACAACAACAACAGCAACGCCAACUGCCCCAGUCCCAGUGUCAGCCCCAGGUAACUUUUCGGAGUUGUCCAAUAUCGACGCCACGCCCAAAGACAUCAACAGGAUCGCAAUGUUGCACACAACCAAUUCAGUCGCAGGGACCACACUUUCAAUCGCCGAUGGCCAUGAAUCAAAGUCUCCCAGCACAAAACUCUUUGUGUCCGUCAGCAACUUCAUCACCAAGAGGAUCACGUUCCCCACAAACAUUCGAAAUGUCCACAUUUAUUGAGGAACGUUCUCAAUCCCAGAUAAAUUCAAACGAUUUGACACCCGAAGAACGUUUCGUUCAACGAACUAAAUCUCUCUUUUUUGACAUUUUGGUCAAAGAUCACACUUGUCCCGGCGUCAUACAGGAGACUCUCGAUGGCAAAGAGGACUUUAAUGCAUAUGCCUUUGAGAUAGCCUUCUGCGGUAAUGUACCCAACAAACCCAAGCCCAUUGAUCCCAUAUCCAUUAUAGAAGCUAUAAAGUUACGCAUCGAUUAUGAACGCACAGAGAUACGUAAGAAUCAUUCUGCAAACACGAGUACCAAUAGUGAUUUGGAGAAACCACAUAAAGAUCAGUCAAGAGAUCGCAGAUUGCCGCGUACUCCCAGUCAACAGAGCAGGGAUCGAAGUGGACGUGCACCAUCCGAGGGCAAAGGACGAAGACGACGCUCUGGCGUAACAGAAGAAGAUAUUGAUAACCAUUUUGCUGGUAAAAAUAAAUCUGAAGUAAACGAUGCUGUGUGUGCCUUCCUGCAAGCCGAAGCGGAAUAUCGCAGUACCAAUGUGGAAGGGCGCAAGGACUUUGAGGCCAAUGUCAAUGCAUAUGAGCCAAAAUUAAUGGGAAAGGAUAUAAAAACAAAUACCUACACAGCGACCACAAAACCCAUUGAUUGAUUGAUACGUGUAUUUUAUGAGAUUUUUUUUCUUUUGGAACUGAUUAGUAUUCUUUGCUAACAAAUAUAAAUCGGUAUAAUGUUAGAAAAACAA